AUGUUACUACAGAUACUGACAUCUAGAAGGUUUACAUCCAUACACCAAAUAAUGCUAAAAGAAAACCACACUGAAGAUAAAGAUGUCUUUUUUCUGGGAUUUCAUCAUAUUCGCAAGCACAAGGUUCUGCUGUUUAUAGUUUUCUUUCUUCUAUAUACUAUGAUUCUAGCUGGAAACCUCCUCAUCAUAGUGCUAGUAUCAACAAGUCGUUGCUUGAAAAUACCAAUGUACUUCUUCCUCAUCCAUUUAUCCCUCUCAGAUAUUUUUCUCACCACUGACACAGUGCCCAGCAUGUUACAUUUUCUACUGAAGGAAGGAGGAAACAUUUCUAUAGCAGGCUGUAUCACCCAGUUUUAUUUUCUUGGCUGCUCAGGAAUCACAGAAUGUCUUCUGCUUGCCGCAAUGUCCUACGAUCGAUAUCUGGCUGUAUGUUUUCCAUUACACUAUAUGUCAAUUAUGGACCUGCGCUGCUGCAGUCAUUUAGUUAUAUGCUGUUGGACAUUGGGCAUUGGGCUGAUGAUGAUCACAACAUUGUUGGUAAGCAAGUUGCAAUUUUGUGGUCCAAUGACCACUGACUAUUUCUUCUGCGACUUUGCUCCACUUAUUGAACUUUCUUGCUCUGACACUUCCAUUGUGAAGACUGUAAAUUUCCUGUUAGCCAUUCUUGUAACCAUACUUCCUUUUGGGUUUAUUGUAACAACAUAUAUCUGUAUCCUUUUAACCGUCCUCGAGAUCUCAUCAAACACAGAGAGAAAAAAAACCUUUAGCACAUGUAGUUCUCACAUCAGUACUGUGUGCAUGUAUUAUGGAACCUUAGUAGCAAUAUAUGCAAAUCCUUUCCCGGGAAAUUCACUUAAUAUGAAGAAAAAUAUAUCUUUGCUUUAUGCAGUGGUUACUCCAUUUUUUAACCCAAUAAUAUAUAGCCUAAAGAACCAAGAAAUCAGAACAAUAUUAAAUGUGUACAUAAGGAAAUUAUCAAAAAGAAAUGAUCUUUGUAUAUAA